AUGAGAAUCGGUACCAAUCAAUUUCAUUCUAUACAAGGUAAAGUUUUAGUACCACAAACCAGAACUGAAUGUGCAUACUGCAAGGAUCCAGACACUCAAAUCUAUUGUUUUUGGUUGCCAACCGAAGAGUUUUGUGCCAGUCAAGGUAAAGUCUUGGUACCACAAACCAGAACAUCAUGUGGAUAUUGUGCCGACCCAACCUCUGGUACUCCAAUCCAAUGUCUCUGGGCCCCAACCGCCGAAUUCUGUCAAAGACAAGGUAAAAUCCUGGUACCACAAACUCCAACAAGUUGUGCCUAUUGUGCAGACCCUAAUAUUAUUCAACAAAUCUAUCAAAUUAAUGACUAA